UCUGUCAAAGGCAAUGCGAUAUCGCAGACAGUUGUGAUGUUGUGUUAGAAAAACAAAAAAUAGCAAAGGAAUUCAAGACGAAACAGAUCUGCUGUUGCUAGCACAGAUCAUUUUGCCGCGUAGAAUAAAUAAUAAGCGUAUACUGACAGCUCACGAUAGGGGGCUUAAAAAAAAUAGACAACGGAUUUUUCGUGAGGAGGAUGUACCUGUGAACGCAACUCUCGUGAGACUCUGUGAGAUUGAACAUGGUGGCAUACACUAGCUAGAACCUAAACAAAACUUCUGAUCUUCUUACAAGACUAGUCUCUCUUCAAAAUCCUGGAAUCUCCACCAUUUACUGAACUGGGUGAAUAGGAAGACUUCAUUGACGUCUUUUUUAACCGGAUUUUCACCAUGAGGAAAAACAAGAACAAACGUCAACCUACCAAACGUAAAACUGCCAGUCAAACACAAAAGUCCAAAAGACCUCGUAGUGAUUCACCAAAAAGGACAGAAAAGGACAGUUCUCAAUUGACACCAUUCGAGAUUUUCUUCCAAAAGAUUGAAAAGUUCUCCAAACUGCACAUGAAGGACCGUGACAGGGUACAAGAGAUCCUGCAGUCCAUGCAGAAAGCUGGCUCCAAUACCCUGCAGGUGAUCUCAGAUUUUGACAUGACCCUUACAAGAUUUGAAUACAAUGGGAAAAGAUGCCCCACUUGUCAUAAUAUUCUUGAAAGGAGUGAUGUCAUCUCCAGUGAUUGCAAAAAAAAGCUGCAGGGGCUGCUCGACAAAUACUACCCCAUAGAGAUCGACACUACGCUGUCAGUAGAGGAGAAGCUGCCUCUUAUGGUGGAGUGGUGGACAAAGGCUCACGAGCUGCUGGUGAAUCAGAAAAUUAAGAAAGAUGGGUUAGCCAAGGCGGUGAGGGACUCUGAAGCCAAGCUGAGGGAUGGCUACAAGGAUUUCUUUGACCACCUGCAUGAGCACAGCAUCCCCCUGCUCAUCUUCUCUGCUGGAAUAGGAGACAUCCUGGAAGAGGUGAUACGCCAGACUGAGGUCUUCCACCCUAAUGUCAAGGUCAUCUCCAACUACAUGGACUUUGAUGAGUCUGGGGUGCUGAAGGAUUUCAAAGGAGAACUAAUUCACAUCUACAAUAAAAGGGAAGGUGCACUGCUCAACACCGGACAUUUCCAGGAGCUGCGCACGCGGACAAAUGUGCUACUACUGGGAGACUCUCUAGGGGAUCUGAACAUGGCUGAUGGAGUGCAGGACAUGGAGAACAUCCUCAAGAUCGGCUUCCUUAAUGACAAGGUGGAGGAGAGGAAACAAUCAUACCUGGACUCAUAUGACAUUGUGUUGAUAAAGGAUGAAACCUUAGAUGUUCCAAAUGCAGUUAUUCGCUUUCUCACUGAGUAAUUGGACUGUGACAGCCCUGCGGUAGGACACCUACCUCAGCUGAUAGCUGCAGCCUAAAAGCUGCAUAUGUGUGUCUACUGUUCAAACUUUGACAUAAAUGGCGGUACUUGACUUAGUAUUUGCUCUGAAAACGACUUCCAUUCUCUUACAAUUCACUGAAAAGGAGCUUUUUUUGUAAUCUGAAAACAGACACUGUUUUUUAGCACUGCAGUGCCAUCUUGUGGUGGACUGUCGGUAAAUACAUUUAGGAACAGGGAAAGAAAGGAUAGAAAACAUAUUUCUAUAUUUAGAGUCAGUAAUUUGUAAUAACUAUUACGUUGAAAUUCUGAGAAUAUUAGCAAGAAAUACAAUAAAAAGUUAAUAAAGUAGUUAUUUUUUGCUACAGAUUUUAAACUUUAGGUUCAGUGUUUUUAAAUCACUGAAAGGUCUGAUGCUUUC